AUGGAAGUGGAUCUCACUGUUAAAUACGAGGACGUGGGCACUUUUGAAGGAAUGGACGGUAUGAGUCAUGCAAUUUUCGGCAGAGUGUGGGCAAUGACUUUGGGCGUGCCGGAGAAGACGGUGCCAAAGCCACUCAGGCACAGAGAAAGAAAGAAACGGCAGAAAGAAAAGGGAGAAAACAGGGAAAGAAAAGAGGGAGAGCAGAAGGGGGAAGAGAGGGAGACGGCGCCGGUGGGCAUCAUUGCCACCGUCGCCGCCGCUGUGCCGUCAGGAGGGAGAUCCGAGGAAGAGAGAGAGUGUGGAGUUGAGGGAGCAGAGAAACACGCCGCCACCUCCAGACGCCGUUGCCGCCGCCGUCGCCCUCAUCCCGAAUCGCCAUCAUCGCCGGUGCAGGGAGAGGAGUUGUCGCGCCACUGUAGCGCCGCCGCCACUGUUGGGUCGCCGUGCUGUCGUCUGAGAACAGAGAGCGUGCGCGAGGAAGGAGAAGCCCUGCCCUCGCGUCCGUGGUUGUCUCCGCGGGUCCCUGUCGCCGCCGCCUCUGAGUUCGUCGCCGUCAAGCAGAGCGCGCACAGAGGAGAAGCCGUUCAAGCCAGACAGAGCGCGCACAGAGGAGAAGCCGUUCAAGCCACUGUCAAGUCACCAUCGAUGAAGCUUCAACCGCUGUACCUCUGGUCACCAGAAACUGCCGUUGGAGCCGCCACCUUCUUGGAUUGUUUAUCGCAAGUUGCUCUGUCGGAGCUACCAUUCCACUACUGCCGCCUUUGCUCUGAGCCGUUAAUUGUAGCGAGUAUUGUUGUCAUGGCGGCUGCUCGGUUUAGUCGCUCCUCUUUAGCAUGGAUCGAGGUCCGGUUGCUGCACGUUGGUAAAUUUAAGUUGCUGUUAUGGGUGCGGACACCAUGGAGAUGUGAUUGCGAUUGUUACCAAUGUCGGGCCGAGAGGAAAAGAGUUCCGGUGACGUGUUUGGUCUAUAGUUUCGACUUAUUGAGGAACCAGAUGAAGAAGCAUUAAGAAGAGUUAUACUACGUUUGGUUUAUA